GAGCGAGCGAGCAGGCGGGCGGAGCGUCGAGCGCGAGCAGCCAGGGAGAGAAAAAAACUGCGGCGCAGAGCUGUGGGCAGCAACAAGAGCGGCAGUGGAGUCGUUGAUAUAAACAAAAAUCAAACCCCUCGGAGAUAUCCCUGAUUAGGGACGCAGGUAGACAGAGGGAGAGAAGACAAAAGCUCCAGGCCCUGAAGUGAGGGAACGACGCUAACCAAUUGCCGUCUUCUCCUUCCCCGUGUAGGUUAUUACUGGAAACGCCAGGAUUAUUCUGAAAGAGCAAGGAAAAGCAUUUUUUUUCGGUUUGGCUGCAGAGGAUGAAAAGAAAUAAGAAUAUUAACUCAGCUUGCCAGUUUUACUACAAUCAGCUCUGAACUAUAAAAAGUGAAAGCUAAUUGGACAAUUGACUUUCAAUUAACAAAGUAUUUGAAGGAGGGAGAAACAUUUAAAAAUUUUGUUUUGUUGAAUAUUUUUGGAUGUACUGUGUAAAGGUUAGGUUUAGAAUUAUUGUUAUGUUGAUUGUCAACUUUUAGGAUAAAAACUUUUUGAACCACAGUUUCUAAGAGUCACCUAUAAAAAUGGAAAUGAGAAGAUUCAAACAAAUGGUCAGACCAAAUUUGUAAAUGUGAACAUUUAUUGCAUUUACAAAUUCCAAUAUAUAGACACACUGCUUUUCUAGUUCUAAUUAUGUUGUAAUCAAGUCUUAAGCAGACAGUAAAAUUAUCCUUUUUUGUAAUGUAAUUUGUUUUCCCUCUCUGUGUCAUUUCAUUGAAAACAUUAAUGAGGUGAGCAAAGUUCUUCCUCCUCUCAGUUUAAAAAUAAAUUAGCUGGGUAAACUCUAGGUUUAUUUCUAACACUUGGAAAAAGCAGAAAGUAAAAUGAACAGCUGAGGGUUGGAUUGAGGUGCAGGCGAGCACAGAGUGCUGCUUCUGGUCCUGAGUGACCAAAUCACUCUUGCCAGCAUUUAUCAGUCUGUCUUGGUGAGCAGAAGAAACUUCAGUGCCGGAAAAUCAAAGCUGAGGGCCCAAAGAGCUCUGCUUGGAGGAUCCUGGCCAUGAGGUUUGAUACCUCACUUCGUUGACUGGAAAACACUGGACCUAAAUGGCGCAGCAUGACUUUGUACCUGCUUGGCUUAAUUUUUCAACAUCUCAGUCUUCAGCUAAGUCUACUACUACCAGUGAGAAACAUGGUGAUCAUUUUGCCCGGGGGGAUGGUCGAUUUGGUGUGAGUCGUAGAAGACAUAAUUCUUCAGAUGGGUUCUUUACUAAUGGUGUACUCCGAGCUGCUGGAGGUAGGAAAGAUGGUUGCUAUCAACCUUCAUUACUUCGUCAUGAUUCUGUUGAUUCGGGGGUAUCUAAGAAUGUUCAAGUUAACCUUGCUGGAAGUCAGGGUUGGAAGGAGAAUGCAGCUUGGCACAAUGUAACUAGAGGUCAUGAUGUUGUCAAUCAGCGUGGGGGUGGUGGUGGCCAUAGGCACUGGAAUGGCAACUUCCACAACCGGAAAAGCUCAGGAUUCCAGGACAAACCACCAGUUGAGGUCAAGGAAGAGAAAAAGGAAGAAAAGGAUGAAAAACUUCAAUUUGAAGAGGAAGACUUUCCGUCCUUGAAUCCUGAUGCUGAAAAGCAGCUGAGCCAGAGCAGACCUGUGAGCACACCUGCAGGAGUAUGGGAAAAUCCUCCAAGUGCCAAGCAGCCUGUUUCCAAGAUGCUGGUCAUCAAAAAAGUUUUGAAAGAGGAACCAAUAUUCUCAACAAGCUUUUCUUCCUCAGGAAAUCAUCUUUCAAGUGGCAACAAAAACACUGCAAGCCCAAGUGUUUACAAAAAUCUGAUACCGAAGCCUACAGCUCCUCCCACAAAGCAAGGUCCAUGGAAAUCUACUGGAAGGGAGAACAAACCUGGCUUGCAUUUCUCUGGCCAAGAUUCAGCAUUCACAAGCCCUAUUGCAAUGAUCAAACCUCCAGCACAGUUUAGUAGCAGUUCUUGUCACAUCUCUCCGAAAGAGACUCCUUCAAGCACCACUCCUCCUAUCGAGAUGAAUACGAGUCGACUAAUAAAAAUGACUCGUGUGAAGACUGACAAGAAGAGCGAGUUUCUGAAAGGAUUAAAAGAUGACCGGAAUGGUGAAAUCUCAGAACACAGAGAUUUCAACAAAUUAGAAGACUGUGUUCAUGAUAUUCCAGAGCACCAGGAAAAUGGAAAAGCAAAUGGUCAUCAGCAUAAUCUCUCCUUCUUUGGUCCAGAAAAAAACUACCUUUCCAGUUCUCUUGAAGCAGAACAUAGAUUAUUGAAAGCAAUGGGUUGGCAAGAGAGCCCUGAGAAUGAUGAUAACUUCUCACCUCUGACUGAAGAUGAGCUCAGGGAGUUUCAGGCUAAAAUUGAGCAGCUGAAGAAAAAUGGCUUUAGGAAGAAUGGUUUUCAGUUGAAGAGCCCAUGUACAGCUUUACAUUUUUCCCAAUGGAGAGGCACUUUCAGUCCGGGGCUUCCUGAAGACUCAGAUUCUGAAACUAGCAGUAGUACCAAUUCUGAUGAUGAUGCCUAAACUUGGUACAAAUGGAAUUCACGAUAUAUGUUUUCUUAUAGCUGAAGGACUAAACUUACUAAAGCUCUUUUGGCACAGAGUUAUAUUUUUCCAUGCACAAAGGGAGGUGAUCAUAUCCCAAAGAAGAGAAUUUGCUUGUCAAGCUUUUUUUCUUUUUCCUUUGAUCCGCUGGUCCUGUCGAAUGCUUCGUAGAAUGAAAUAUGUCAAUAAAGAAGAAAGUGGGCAAAGCACAUAACAAGUAAUCAUUUGCAAGGAAAAAAAUGAGUAUUUUUUCAAAAGCUUGGAAAAAAAAUUUGCAGACAAUUAGUAGGAAUAGCAAUGUGAUAGAACAAGCAGUAUAAGAGACAAAUCCAUAAUAUUGAUGAUAAAUUGUCAAAAAUAAUGCUAACUACAUAUGUUUUUCAAUGUUGUGACAUUUUGGAAAGUUGAAACAAACUUUGUCACCAGAGGUUUAUCUCCAUUUCUUUGGUACAGUUGUAAAAUAUUCACAAUAGGAUCUUUUAAGUUCUUCAAACAGCCUUGAUAUUCAGGGUGGAAUGUAAAAUAUAAAUUUUGUGAAAUUUCAAAGAUUAAGAUUAUUUUGAUAACGUUAUUUACAAAUUUAAAAAAGUGGCUAUCACAUAUGAAUAUCUGUAUGAGAAAAACUACUGCAUUAAAAUAACUUGGAAUAAAUAUUU